AUGAUGAAGAAGACAAAGUAUAAAAAGUCAAGAACCAAGGAUGUGCAACCUCCUCCGGACCAGAAGACAUUUAUGGAUCAGGUGCCGCAAGGGAAACCUGAGGAGAAGCAGGAACAAAAGUCUUCUACCACUGAGAAACCAUCAAUGCUCUUUGGCCCUCAAACAUCUUCAAGGGUACUCGAUCCAAAGACGAGCACUAGUGGGGACCUACACGUUGCAGUGAAAGACGUGCAGAACCAAACCCGUCAGAUACAAUCCAUCAAUCCACAGGGUGAUAACGUUCAGUCUAAUGGCGCACCAGAUUUACAUGACAAUAACAAAGGCUCUCAGACAAAGUAUAAAAAGUCAAGGACCAAGGAUGUGCAACCUCCUCCGGACCAGAAGACAUUUAUGGAUCAGGUGCUGCAAGGGAAACCUGAGGAGAAGCAGGAACAAAAGUCUUCUACCACAGAGAAACCAUCAAUGCUCUUUGGCCCUCAAACAUCUUCAAGGGUACUCGAGCCAAAGACGAGCACUAGUGGGGACCUACACGUUGCAGUGAAAGACGUGCAGAACCAAACCCGUCACGUACAAUCCAUCAAUCCACAGGGUGAUAACGUUCAGUCUAAUCGCUCACCACAUUUACAUGACGACAAUAAAAAAGGUGAGAUCACUGCACAAACACUGGUUCAAGAUCCAGUAGAUCCGUUUCAGAAUUCCACCUCCAAGCAAAGUGCAGAUUUGGGUGCUAACCUUGGUACAGGCUCCCAGACAAAGCAUAAAAAGUCUAGGACCGAGGAUGUGCAACCUCCUCUGGACCAGAAUGCAAUUAUGAAUCAGGAGCCACAAGGGAAACCUGAGGAGAAGCAGGAACAAAAGUCUUCUACCACUGAGAAACCAUCAAUGCUCUUUGGCCCUCAAACAUCUUCAAGGGUACUCAAUCCAGAGACCAGCGCUAGUGGGGACCCACAUGUUGCAGCGAAAGAUGUGCAGAACCAAACCCGUCACGUACAAUCCAUCAAUCCACAGGGUGAUAAAGUUCAGUCUAAUCGCACAGCAGAUUUGCAUGACGACAAUAAAAAAGGCACGCUACCCGAGACUGAAAAGUCAAAGAAAGUGGACGAGAAACCUCCUUUGGACCAGAAUGCUAACGUGAAUCAGGAGCAGCAAGGGAAGCACGAGAACAAGGACGAACAGAAGCCAUCUAGCACUGAAGGACAAUCAAAGCUCUUUGGCCCUCAGACGCCAUCCCAGGUUGAUCCAGAGACUGGCUCGAGUGUGGACCCACACUUUGUAGUGGAAGACAUGCAGAACCACCAGGCCAAUAAUUCACAAUCCAGCACUCCACUUCAACAAGCGCCCAUUAGAGCGAGCAUGACCAUACCUGCCGGAAACAGACUCACUCUGUACUUCCACGCAAUCCUUUCAAAGGACUUUAAAUUCGACAGCGAAAAAGAUCACAUCUUCAUCAGAGCUGGACCUCCUCUAUCAAAAUGGGAGGAGAAUUUAUUGGAGCUUUAUGCGACAAGGAAUCUUGGCGAGCAUGGCUUUUUGGUGGAAGGCAAGGUGGAGACCCAAAAAAUGAACAACGAGGCGGUGUCAAUACCUUACAAAUACGUUGUUCGAAAGAAGGGAAAAGAAACAUUUGAGUUUAUCUACAAAGAGAAUUGUAACCAACACGAGACCAACAGAUGUCUGUUUGUUAAAUCUCACUUCUUGAAUGAAGACGGGGAUUGGCAUCAAUAUGAUGACUUUCUGUGUGUUGAGCCACCAAAGAGUACUAUGGAUCGCAUCAUGUCGGGCUUGGGAUUGUCAAAAUUUUGGUCCGACCAGAAUAAAAAAAUCAUUCAAGGCCGAGAUAUUGCAGCGGAUAUAAUGCUGGACACAAUAUUUGACCUUCUCAGGACUUGGAGUGACAUCAACUUGAAAAGUUUUUUUAACCAACUCGAUCAGUUCUUUGAGGUUUACGCAAAUCCAUCCACCUAUGAGGCAGUCCAUAAGAAAUGGAACUAUUACAAUAAGAACAAUCUGUCUACGGUGCUAAAGAACUUCAUGGUGAAAUAUGUAACUCCAAGGUUAUGGGGUGAUGGAAAUGGAGGUGAACGUUUGUACAUUAAAGAUCGGCUGCGAGCGGCUGUCAUCAUGCUCCUUGUGUGCGUACGGUACAGCAUCAAACUGGACUCUGUCCACUACUACCAACUGUGCGCUGAGCUGUGUUUACCCGAGCUUGACAGAGACGACUUCCUCCGAUACUGGGAAGGUUUUUGUCAUGAUGCUGAACUUCUUCCAAGUCUGUCAAGUGACUUGUUGACUCUCAUCAAAUUUGUGAAACACCAAGGGAACCCCAAUUGGAUUGUGGCAUUGCCGCUCUUGCACCUCCUUGACGGCAAAGACGCAAAGCCUUUCCAGGUGUUGACAUCUAGGAAUGGUCUGCAAGACCUUGGAAAGGUCACCAACAAUAAUGAUAGGAUGGCCAUAUUGCAGACGAUGAAAACACAUAGUCACUUAAUGGAGUUGGAUCCACUUUUAGUGCGAUCUGGAUUGAAUCUGAUGUCUCUCAAUGAAAUAAAGGACUACAGCAUUAAUGUGAAUGUCCAGCUUUUGGACAUACUUCGUGCUUUCGCUAAAUCAGCACCAAAGGAAAUCAGCUACACUACCUUUCAGGAUGUGUCGGGAAUUCUUUCACACAUACAGAAAAAUCUAGAAUUUAAAUACAGUUCCGUCAACAAGACCGAUGCAAGAUCAUGCCUGGUUGCAGUGGUAAACCUAUUUGAGAAGAUUUGCAGUGGAGCCAAGACAUUAGGUCAUUCCAAGGAUAUUCCAGUAUCAUGCAUGGAACUGGUCGCGUCCGUGUUUGACUUGGUGGCUCCACUUAUGAAUCAGGAUGCUCAAGAGGGAGGACAACACGAGAGAUCCCCUGCAGAACUCUCAGAGCCCAUGCGCCUCAUGAGAGGCUGGAUGAGUUCACAUUUCAAGGACAAUUUACUAUCCAGGAAUUAUUGGGGCAGCAAGAUUGAGGCUACCGAGGAGAUGAAAAUGUGGAAUCGCGUAAUCGGCAUCCACUUCAACAACAGGACGUGUCAAGAAGAGUGGAAGCGGAAAUUAUUGUUGGAUUUUGAGGGCAAAUACAAAAAGGAAAAACCUAUGGAUCAAAUUGACUUUUACCGCACAAAAAUAGAGGAACUCGACCAUUCUCUUCAGCAUGUUGCACCUAGUAUUGAGAAGUGUGCACUGGAGGCGGUUUCAUCAGUAUGCCAGAACAAGUCUGGGGAACAUCUGUUUGAGAAUUUCAAAAUGACGAGCAAGUUUAUGAAGCUCCUCUCAGCCAUUGUCACCGGCUCCUGGCCGAAAGACCACCAAGGAAACUAUGAACCUAGAGAAGAGGUGGUCCUUCAGCACCUUCUAUCCUGGCCUGGUGCCAAAUACAUUUUCCAGCUCCAUGGUGCACAGGAAAAUCUUUCCGACAAACUAACCAGCGGUGCCAGAGAGAGAAUAAGUUUCGCCAUGUCGACAUUGACAGAAAUCAAAAAUAAGUUUAUGAAAGGAAACAUCACAUUGAAGCUGCUGAAUAUUCUUUUGGCGAGUCAAAAUGCAUUUUUACAACUGCUGAGGAGCGGUAAGUGUCUCUCUGAGAAUGAGCGACACCUGGAUACUGGCAAAAUGCAAAGGCUUCUGAAGUGUAGGGAAGAUGAAGUCAAAGCUGUGUACCAUGAGAAGCAGCAAGUGGACGCCCUUCUCAAAAUGAUCCGCCACCUCGACAAGCACAUAGAGGUUGAUGUCACCGAAUUGGAUGAAAAACGCCAUAUCAACAUGGACGAGAUGCAUCUGAACGAGUUUAUGGAGGUUCACCUGUACGACCAGUUUUCCUCCAAUACGGCCGGUGUUGUUACUUACUUUGGAAUGAAUGAAGACAUCAAACAAAUGUCAGAAGACUUGAACAAGUUCAAAGACAGCCAUCUUUUCAUUUUGUGCUGGGAGGAAGAAAGCAAACUGCUGUAUGCGGAUGACGGCGCAGAUGAGGAAGACGAUGACCAAACACGUGAACAGUUUACGCUCCGUGAACUUUAUGAGGAGAUUUUCACACCUUGUGUGGAGAAUUACACGGAAAUUUACACACGUUUAAAGACCGGUACUAUAAAGCUAGAGGAGGUAACCCGGCUUUUCGGCGAUUUUAAGAGAAAGUAUGCCGAGCUGGAACAAGACUUGAACAUCAUGUGCAGAGUUGACACGUCGACAGAUAAGCAGUGGAUACACACCAGGCUUCAACAGAUCGAGCAAUAUCACGAGCUCCAUCUCGCUGUGGCUUCAGCUGAGGUCAUUAUGGAGGUCAAAGAAACUCUCGGUCUCGAAGGGGACUUCAGCGUGCUGGAGACGCUUUUGAAAGUGAGUCGUCCAGACUUCCAAGUGAUGGAGCUGCAGUGCAUUGACAAUGACGUAGUAGAGGCCAAGAGGGAUCUAAUGGACAUCACAGAGUCUCGAAGACUUUGUCUAAAGGAGCUGACACUCAGAGGCCAUUUUGUGAAAUGGGUGAAAGAUGCACUCCGAGAUCUCAAGGAUUUACAAGUGUUUGUCGACCUGGCUUCCAUCUCUGCGGGAGAGAAUGACAUGGAGGUGGAUCGUGUAGCUUGCUUUCACGACGCCGUUCUAGGCUACUCUUCAGUCUUGUACGAUCUCCAGCCAGACUCUGGUUUUCUGGCCUUUAAAGACGUUUUAAAGAAGCUCUGGAAAGCUUUCGACAAUGACAAGAAUCUUCCCAAAAAAUUGCGUGACAGUGGCCGUCAUUUGGAAUGGCUAAAGACCGUAAAGGAUAGUCACGGCUCAGUGGAGCUGUCUUCUAUGUCUCUGGCAUCAGCCAUCAACCGUAAGGGCAUCUACCGGAUCUGCGCACAGAGUGGAAAAAAGAUGAGUCUUGACACCGCCUUGAAACUUGAGAUUAUGGAGGAUGAAGAGGUGCGUCAAUAUACGCUUGAAGAUGUGCGGGAGCUGCAGAACAAACUGAUGCUCAUGUCUGGUAAAGGCGACCAGGGACAGAAUGAAGUGAAUUACUUUGCAGAGGUCUUUGCUGGCGUUCAAAGGCUAUCUGAGGCUUUCAUUGCUCUCUACACUGCUGGAAACCUUCUUUUCAGACACUGGGAAGCUCAAAUCCAUUGUUGUUAUCUUGACAGACUCCGCAUAGUGAUGAACUUUAACAUGGGUGAUGAGAUUACCAUAGAGGAGUGCCUGCCUGAACUUUGCGUGAAAAUGGAGAACUGUCUGAAACUUUGGAUGGACUUUGUGGACAAACAGAGAUCCCAGAAUUACUACUUGAACUACUUCACAGCAGAACAGAUUGUCUACCUGUGCAAAAGUCUGUCAGAAGAACACGUAAAGAAUGUGAAUAAUCAAGUUCUUAUGAUGCUCUCCUUUAUUAAAUCCCACUGCACUGCUGCGGAUGUAUCGCGUGUUUGGCGCAAACUUCAAAAUGAGAUCCUCACCCAACCGCAAGAAGAAAAUGAGGAAGUUGAGUUCCAGGGGACGUCAGACCCAAGUAUGGAAAUGGGGCCUGAGCAAGAAGCAAACACAUUUCAAAUGUUUGAUCGGAUAUGGAAAAACUACAUGAAAGACCCAAAGAGAGUUUUCCCGCACAUUCUUGACAUCAAAAGUCUUGGAAAGCUGCUUGAAUUCCUGGCUCUUUCUGAAGAGAAGCAUGGGAACUUGAUAAAGAGAGAGCUUCCUAAGAGCAUGGCAGCAGGGAAUCCAAACCUCAUUGUUUGCCCUCACGCUGCGGUUUUGACUUCUUGCAUCUCCGUUUAUAUGACCAGCAAACAUCAGCCGCUGCCAACUUACGACGAAGUCCUGCUGUGCAAUUCCUCCACAACCUAUGAGCAGGCAGAGCUUUUCCUCAGGCGUUGUCUCGGUGCAGGUGGCAAGGAGAAGAAGAUCUACUGCCUCCUGCACGGAGAACUUCUGGCGUACGACGUCAGCUCAAAAGUUGAGAAAUUUUUUCAGCGCAUGAAAAUGCAGUGCACCACAGACUACAGGCUUGUCUUAUUGUGUAGCUCAGAAAGAGAACACGCCUACCUUCCGUCAGCAUUCAGUCAGUACAGGUUGCAAAUUGUUCCUCAAAUGCCACUGGACAGCAUCCGAACGUACCUCCACCAGCAUUACAUGGCGCCGGCAGAUCAAGUCAGCGCAGCAGAUGUAUUUAAGGAUCGCCUUUGCGUUGGCACUGUCACAUCUGAAAGGGCUGGUGUCGGUAAAUCACUUUACAUCCAGAGGCUGUACGAAAAACUGGAGCACUACGUUGGGGAACACGCAACCAUGAAUUGCAUUCGCUUGAUUGAACCCAGUGUUGAUGAGACUGCUAUUCUCCAAACCCUUAUGAGCAGCGCUAAAAUGGACAAACUUUCAGUAUUCCAUUUCGACAUUACGUCAUCGGUGAAGAAAGGUAUUCAUGAGUUUCUGUUCAAGUUAUUGAUUCUGCGUUACCUAAUGGACUCCGAGGGAAACACCUGGAAAUGCGACGCAAAGCAAUUGUAUGUGAUGGAGUUUUUACAACAAACUGUCAAGCCAAGCAGAAAUACUUCAGUUCAGGCUAAUUCCUCAAACAGCUCAUUCACAGACAUCUUCCCAAAUAUUCUUUGCCGGACACCCAAAGAAGUACUGAGUCUCUUAACGACUACGGAACACGAUGUUGAUGACAAUCCAUUGAUGGAUGACAAAGUGUUCCAGAGUGAAGCCUUCCAGCGACCGUAUCAGUAUCUCAGAAGGUUCCAUCACCAAGAUAGUCUUGAUCGCUACACCUAUACUGUUAGCGACUCUACAGGGUCGCAUGCGGAAUGUCUUCAGAUGCUUUUCAUAUACUGUGGCAUUCUGGACCCAUCCUGGGCGGAACUUAGAAACUUUACCUGGUUUCUCAACCUGCAGCUGGAAGACUGUGAGACAUCUGUGUUCUGUGAUGCUGCUUUGACAGGGGACAUCCUCAACGGAUUUAAAAAAUUUGUGGUGGGUUUUAUGAUUGUCAUGGCAAAGGACUUUGCCACACCUUCGCUAAGUAUCUCUGACCAGAGCCUCGGCAGAGUCCCAGACCGGACCGAUCUCGAAGAAAAUGACUUGGCUCCUUUUUUGAUCAGAAAGGAAUGGGAAAAGGAACCUCACCCCUAUAUCUUCUUCAAUGAGGACCACUCAUCCAUGACCUUCAUCGGCUUUUACCUUCAACGCAAUCCGCAGCGUGCAUAUGACGCCAUUGACCCAAAGACUAAAAGGGUGAUAAAAGAAAACGUUAUGUCACAGGAGUUGUUCGAAGGGCUGCGGCGUCAGGGUGUUCCUUUCAAUAUUGACUUCGACACCCUACCCAGAAGUGCGAAAAUAGAGCACCUCUGCCAUGUUCUUGGAAUCAAGAAGCCCUUUGACCCCGAUCCGACUUACGAACUUACGACUGACAACAUCCUGAAGAUGCUGGCAAUUCACAUGCGUUUCAGGUGCGGCAUCCCCGUCAUUAUCAUGGGAGAGACUGGAUGCGGAAAGACGAGACUCAUCAAAUAUCUUUGCGAGUUGCGCAGGAGUGGCGUCGCGACUGAAAAUAUGAAACUGGUCAAAGUGCAUGGAGGGACAUCGUCAGAGAUGAUUUACGCCAAAGUGAGAGAAGCGGAAGCGAUGGCUUUCGCCAACAAACGACAACACGGAUUUGACUCCGUUCUCUUCCUAGAUGAGGCCAACACCACAGAGGACAUCAGCAGUAUCAAGGAGGUACUUUGUGACAAGACUGUCAAGGGGGUGAGAUUGGUAGCCGACACCGGACUGCAGAUCAUUGCAGCGUGCAAUCCUUACCGAAAGCACACCGAUAAGAUGAUCAAGAGGCUGGAAUCUGCCGGUCUUGGGUACAGAGUCAGGUCUGAGGAAACGGAUGAAAAACUAGGUUCAAUUCCCCUUCGACAGCUUGUCUAUCGAGUUCAAGCGUUGCCGCCGAGCAUGAUCCCUUUGGUUUGGGACUUUGGCCAGUUAAAUGACACGACGGAGGAAACCUACAUCCUGCAAAUUGUGAAGAGAGUUGCUGAAAGUCUAAACAUUCCCAAGAACCACUUCGGAUAUAUUACUCGCGCUCUUUCUGCCUCGCAGAAGUACAUGCGGGAAAGGCGCGACGAAUGUAGCUUCGUCAGCCUGAGAGACGUUGAACGUUGCAUGCAGGCCUUUCUUUGGUUCCACGACAAGCACGAUCGAUUCUUUGCGGAGCUUAAAGAAUUUAGCGCGAAUCAAAACAGGAAAAAACACAGCCAUUACAACAGCCAAUCGGAGCGUGAUCCUGUCAUGUGGUCUCUAAUCAUGGCCUUAGGCGUGUGCUACCAUGCUUGCCUUGAGCAAAAGGAUAAAUACAGACAGUGCGUCAGCAGAAGUCUACCGCCUGGCUACACGCCAGAAAAAAUUAAGGGGGAAAUCACACUUAUGCAAGAUUUACUGCUAAGCGGUGUGCCGAUGGCCGAUACCAUCGCAAGAAACGCAGCCCUCAAGGAGAACGUUUUUAUGAUGGUGAUCUGCAUCGAACUCAAGAUCCCUCUCUUCUUAGUCGGAAAACCAGGGACUUCAAAAUCGCUGUCUAAAACCCUGGUGGCGGACGCCAUGCAAAGCCGGGCUGCUCACUCCGACCUCUUCAAAAUGUUCAAACAGGUUCAUUUGGUAUCUUUCCAGUGCAGCCCCCAUUCUACACCUGACGGCAUCAUUAAUAUAUUCAAACAGUGCGGGCGCUUUCAGGAAGGAAAGGAUCUCAACGACUACAUUUCGGUGGUUGUCCUCGAUGAGAUCGGGCUGGCCGAAGACUCCCCGAAGAUGCCGCUUAAAACCCUUCACCCAUUGUUGGAAGAAGGAUGCAUCGAUGACGAGCCGUCGCCGCACAAGAAGGUCGGAUUCAUUGGAAUUUCCAACUGGGCGUUAGACCCCGCGAAAAUGAACAGAGGCAUAUUUGUUUCUCGGGGCGACCCCGAUAAGAAGGAACUGAUUGAGAGCGCAGAAGGCAUUUGCUCAUCUGAUGUGAUGGUGUUGGAAAAGGUCAAGGAAUUGUUCAGCCAUUUUGCAGCAGCCUACAUUGAAAUUGUCCAUAAUCAAGGCAACGGGUUUUUCGGCUUGCGUGAUUAUUACAGCUUGAUCAAGAUGGUUUACGCGGCGGCCAAAGCCUCCAAACGAAAGCCCACCGCUAAUGAAGUCACAAAAGCCAUCUUGAGGAAUUUCAGCGGCAAAGAUGACGUGGACGCAAUGACCGUCUUUAACAAGGUUUUUUACUUCACGCCCGACCUGGAAAACAUCAGCGCCAUCGAGUUUGUGAGAGGAAACAUACUGGCAAGUGGACAGGAGGAAGACUGCCGGUACUUGCUGGUGCUCACCCGAAAUUACGCGGCCCUCCAGAUCUUACAGCAAACUUUUUUUGCAGAUAUUGGCCAGCCCGAAAUCAUCUUUGGAUCCAGCUUUCCCAAAGACCAGGAGUACACCCAAAUCUGCCGCAACAUCAACAGAGUAAAGAUCUGCAUGGAGACGGGGCAAACUGUCGUGCUUUUGAACUUGCAAAACCUGUACGAAAGUCUCUAUGAUGCUCUCAACCAAUAUUAUGUCUACUUGGGAGGACAGAAGUACGUGGACCUCGGUCUGGGAACUCACCGCGUCAAGUGUAGGGUGCACAACGACUUCCGGCUUAUUGUCAUCGAAGAAAGAGAGGUGGUUUACAAACAGUUCCCCAUACCGCUCAUCAAUAGGCUGGAGAAACACUACUUGGACAUCCAUACUGUCCUGACUACUGAGCAGAGGAGGUUGGUCGAGGAGUUAGAGGAAUGGGUGAAGCGCUUUGUAUCAGUCGGCAAUCUUAGGUACAAGUACCGUCCCUCAGAUGUCUUCGUCGGCUACCAUUCAGACGCUUGCGCUUCUGUGAUCCAUCAAGUGAUCGGGAAGACGAAGGACGCAAUGGAAAUCACAGAUGGCUUUCAAAGAGUUGUCCAUGAGGCGAAACAUGUACUGCUCAGGUGCGCAACACCGGAUUCAGUGGUACGGUUGUCCAACACUGAUCUUCCAAGUGGGGAGAGCGAAGAUCUUGCAAAUGUCUACUUUGAGGAACUGAGCAACAGCUGUCUAGCUGACUUCAUAGACGCCCAUACAAGACGGGAAGUCCACAGCAUCAACUCUUUCACAGAGGUUACAACAUUUUCCAGACUUCUCACUGCACCCGACUUGGAGCCAUUGCAGCGAAUGUUUCCAUGUGUCGAGCUUCUGUCUCUUCAGCAGUUUGACACGGAACACUUCUUCUUGAAGGAAAUCCGAAACUUCCUCACAGCCGGACCCGAAGACAAAGUCCUCAUCAUUCAAAGCGAAUUCAAGGGAGCUAGUCAUAGUGCCCAUCUCGUUGCAUCUGCAAAGUAUUCGGCCGUAAAUGAAGUCACCAAGCUCAUCCAAGAGGGUAUGACCUGCAGGGCGUUUAUUUACUUCAUUACCCGGCUACCGAGGAUCCAAGGAGGGACUUCCUAUGUUGGUUUUCAUGGAGAACCUUGGACGUCGGUGCAUAUUGAUGACCUCAGACGACCGAAGGACAUCACGAAGGGCGUUCGAGCUUUGCUAAACACAACAAUUUGUCAACUGUUUGAAUCGAACCAACCUGAAGCUCUGGAGACGGGUGAGAUGGGCGAUUCACGUGGUGGGAACGAGGAGGAAGCAGACAUGAGCGAUGACUACGAAGAGGAUGACGCUGCACUGGACACGACAGCACUGGUGAAAAGCUGCGCGCAAAGUGCGGUAGGCAUGCUCAGGGAUCAGCAAGGCCAUGGAUCCCGCGGGACUGAAAGACUUGAGACUCUUCUGUUGUUUCUCAGCGACAGCGACCAAAUAACAUGUGACUUCCUGCAAAUUGUGAAGAAGCGCCUUUACUUGAUGCUCGCAAGUGAAAGCCACUUAUUAUCUGCUGAAAAGGAUUGGGCUGUCAAAGUGGCAUCUAGUAUUGACGCGUUACAGGAAGGAGGUACAUUUUGCCACACUUUGUGGAAGCGCAUCCAGGCUGUGGUGACCCCCAUCUUGGCUCAACUACUUUCAGUGAUUGACGCUGACCGAAACCUGGACCUCUUGAAGAGAGACUGUAGUGUCUCUGUGAGGAAACUGUGGUUACACAUCUUUGCCAGUGAUAAGCUGCUGGAAAUUCCGCUGCCAUCACUUGAAUCAGAAACGAGAACAAUUCUUGUAAGAAACCAAGGCAAGAACUUCACUUUGAGCAUGCCUUUCAGUGGGAGGAUAAAGGACUACUUGGAGGAGCACUGGGUUCACGUGCUUCAAAAUGAAGGUCAUACUCAACAAAGAUUCAUUGAAUUCUUUUCCAAAACGCCACUGGGACAGUACAUAAGCGAAGAAGCACCACAGGUGCAGUCGGAGUUCUUUCAGUUGUACCUGCAGGAUUUUCUCAUCUUGACAAUGAACAUCAGCCGUCAGGAGGACCUAGAGCUUCUGCAUUUAGCUUUAAACAGCUGCGUUGAUGAACUCCGCUCGCAAUUGGACGGCGUGGACACGGUUCCGUCGCUUCCGUGGGUCCACGUUGCCUACCACCAGUUCAAGAACCGACUGCAAAACCUCUCCCGAAUGGUCUCCCUUGAACCGCAGGUGACCGGCAACCUCAUCAGUCCAGAUUUCAGCAACGGAGAUGAGCUGGUUGUCGACGUGUAUGCUGCUCUUGCUUGCCUGGAGCACCUGGGACCGCCGGAACCCGGACAAUUGGUGACAGAUUCACAAAGACAAGCCUGGGUGAGACGGGUCAACAAACUCAAGAUUCCCAUUGAACUGGUCUGCUCUGAGAACAGUGUGAGAGGCUACAAAGACAGAAGCAAGAUAAUCGUCAACAAUGUCAGAUCGCAGUGGAAUCGGCUGUUUUCGCUGUCGUUAUUUGCGGAGCACUUUGAAACGCAACAGUGUGAGAUGACGACGUUAAUCGUGAAGCAUAUGCUACUAAUCAACGAGGCUCUCAAACACAAUUCUGACCUUAAAACUCAGCAGCCGUUCGAGGCGAUGAUUCGCUUGCUGAAAAACUGUAAAGAUGAAGCCGUCUUUGGAAUCUUCAGGUUUACGUCGCUUCCUUGGUGCGCGGUGUGUCGGGGAGACCCGCAAGAUCCCGUCUGUCUGCCGUGCGAGCACAUCUUCUUCUGUGCCUCGUGUAUUAAUAAGUGCUUGGUCCCCUGCCAGAUGAAUAUCUGUCCUCACUGUAAUCAGGAAGUUCCCGAGGACUUUACCCCAGUUCCCUCUGAGGAUUUACGGAUUCGAGUUGAACGCCACGCUUUGUUUAGGAAUCAGUGCAACGCUUUCUUCAUCGACUUGGUGUCUAGCGUGUGCUUCAAGGACAACUCUCCCCCGUGCGAUGCCGUCAUUCACCACUUGCUUUCCUUUCUUAUGGUGGAAGCAAGUGCUGCUUCCAUUCUCAGCGGGGAUCGACAAACCACGACCAAGGUGCUCUCUCCGUUUGACGACUCGGCGGAUAGAAACCCAGUCGUCCGAUCGGUCGUGCUCAAACUCCUGCUGAAGUACAGUUUCGACGAUGUGAAAGAUUACCUGCAGCAUCACCUGCUGGCCGUCGAGUGGUGUCAGAUUUUAGAAGAAAAGGACAAAACCAAACUCUACUGCCUUUACUUGAAGUGCCUGCAGGACUCCAUGUUUGAGAGUUUCCAGGUCAGGUCAAACACAGAGAAACAGGCGUGCAUGAUUCGCGAAACCGACUUCCUGACGAAGCUCCAGCUGUUGCUCGGUAAAUCGCCGGACCGGGAGGUGGUCACUGUGGAGCAUCUGCAGCAGGUGGCCAGAGUGCGUAUGGACCUGGAUUUAGCAGCAACCAUCAUUACUACUGAAGAACCAGAUGAAGUGGGUUGGAGUCAAAGUAACGAAUUCCUGGCAAGCGUGCGGAAUCUGUGCAGUCUCUGUGGCGACAACUGGUAUCGCGUCUACUUGCUCCGUAAAAUAAUCAGCCAACGCGGAGGGGAGUUUGUCCUGCAGCUCCUUCAAAUGGAUGACAAGCGCUGGCUGUUCCCUGAGGAAAUUCUGGAAAAGGGAGGAGAAGCCGUCUCCGUUGACCAAUAUCUUGUGUAUGGCGAGAGCUACAAGAAAGUCAGAGAUGCGGUCUCAAAAGCAAUCGCGGCUGGACAAAUGGAAAACCUUGAUGAGAUCUGUCAGGAUUGCACAAGUUCACUACAGAGUGCGACGGUUUGCCUGCUCUUGGCACUGUACAGAGAAGUGACAAUUCACUUCAAAAAUGCCCAUUUACGUUCGCACCAAAACACAGAGCAAAUCCUGAAUUUCAUUGACAAUUCCAAAGUGCUCGCUGACCCGAAGGUGAAGGCCUUUGCCCGUGUUCUGGUAAAUAACCAAUUCGGGGCUUUGGAGGUUGGACCCCAAACAUCCGGGGAGGAUUGCGCAUCCAUGGCGUUGGCCGUUCACCUGGCCGCCGUCUUGCUUUGCGCAUGCCAAAGGAUUAUAACUCCUCUCCGAGGUUUAGCGAUGGAACCUGCCACCAUGCAGGCCGCCUACUUGCCUACAAUGCCACAAGACAAGCUAGCGGAAGCUCAGCAAGCCCUGGCCAGUUUAGAACCACUCCGGUGGUACAAAUGUCCAAACGGUCACCCCUGCUUGGUCGGAGAGUGUGGGCUACCCAUGGAAACACAGCGUUGCCUUGACUGUAAUGCUCCUAUCGGUGGGGUGCAACACAAACCUGUGGAGGAUUUUAAUCAAAUGGAGAGACAUGCCGAUCGCACGCAGACGGGUCACAUCCUCGGCGAGCCCGAUCGAAGGGACAAUGCGGACAUGCUGGACACCAAGCACCUUUCCUCUGUUCCCUUCACGCUGAUUCGCAUGUUAACCCACUUGGCUAUGCUGAUCGGCGCCUCCGGCCACUCACAGAAUAUCGCGUCAAUCAUCAGCCCUCGAGUCUCCGAGCCGGGUCCGUUUCUUCUGGCUCACCUGAAGAAAGACAAGGAGCAUCUCGGAAGAUAUCUGGGCAAGGGGACGGAUGACGUUGUCGGCUCCGUCCACCUGCUCAUCCGCGCCCUCCUGAAAGCUCAGCGUCCGCAAAGCUCUGAAUCAUGGACCCUUUCUACUAACGCAAAGAGGAAUGAAUGGGAGACACAAAUGAGCCUCUUCAUCGCACCCGAACUUAGGCACUUGGAUAGCCAGUUGAAGGAAAUGAACAAAUUCAUCCAGACGGACUCUGAAAACUCUGACAAUCCCAUCAUGUGGCUGCUGAGUGACGAUCCAGCCUACUUUAUGGCUUCCCUUGGCACAGAUCACUGCCUCCAAUGCUCAGCGGUGUGGAGCUGCGAAGAGAAUGUGUCUCUGCUGCACCUUACCCAUGUGGUGGAGCUGAAUGAUGGCAGAGAGACCCUACCUGUCCUGUGGAGAUUUUUAAACAAGGAAGCAGAGCUGCGACUGGUAAGGCACCUGCCUGAUAUUGUGAGCCUCCAGAAAGCACUCCUCAAGCAGUUUCUGAACGUCACCCGGGUUUCUUACGGCACCAUGGCCCAAUUCCUCAACAGCCAGACAGGUUCGCUAAGAACCUGGUAUGAGAAACACAUCAAGAUCUUUUUGACAACCUGGAAUCAGCUCAGAUCGUCUUUGGAAACCUACGACGAGAUCAAGGUUCCCGCCGAGUUCUGCCAAAGAGACCUGGACACCGACAGUGACCUGAAGGUGCUGUUACCGCAGCGACACGGCCCUGGGUUAUGCUCCACCGUUCUGGUCAGCUACCUUAUCGGCCUACACAAUGACCUGGUCAGAUGUGUGAACAACCACACGGGAGAAGAGACCAGCUACGAAGUGAGCCCUGAGGAUUUGACCGACCUGCAUGUGAUCCAUUAUGACCCGGAGAAGGACGUGAUGCCCCUGGUCCUCGCUAACACCCAGUAUAGUGUGGAAAGGGGCCAGGAGUCACUUCACGAGUACGACUUGCCCAGGAUCCAGAAGCAGAUUUUCUCUCGCUUCCUCCUGGGUAAACCAAUCAUCACUCUCAAGGGCAUCCCGACACUCGUGAACAGGCCUGACCGCGACUACGACGUCAUCCUGAAAGACGUCAAAGAAAAAGUCAGACAAGAGCCACUGACGACCCAAACCAUGGCGGCGGUAGCCGAGGAGCUGCACAACUUUAGCGAGGCGUGUGAGGCCUUGUCCGCUUUGGAAGUCGCCCUUGGCUUUCUCCGCAUGGGCGGGCAAGACCCUCACAUGCGUCUGUCCGAUUACCUGAGGGAUGUGCUACAGAUGGGAAACCAGAUUUCUGACGAUAUCCUCAAGGUCCUGAGUUGGUGCUAUUUGAAGCAUUGUGUGGUUCUGUGGCAGCUGCUGACCGCUUUGAAAUCAGAAACUAUGCUGAUGCUCAAUGGGGAUCCGUUUGAAAAAGUCUGCAAGGAGUACAAGGGAGAGCUUUGUGAAGAACUGCGCCACAUGCUGACGACUUUCUUCUCCAGGAACAGCACCGAAAUGUUCCUGCUGGAGCUGCACGAGCUGUUGUGGCUGGUGCUUAAGAAUCCCACGGCACCAGAUGUACACAGGCCACACUGGAGCCUGAUUUGGAGUCUGGACCCUGCCGAGGAGGACAAGUACCCGGGCUUCCCGGAGGAAAUCUGCCUUACUCACGCUGUGGAAACGUGGAAGUUCAUCAAUGCCAUCAAGCAUGAGCGUAUUCACAGGCGAAUUGAAUGA